AUGUUAUCUUAUUCAUUAUCACAGGAAACUACAACAGCCCAUAAUGAUCAUAGUUGGGGUGACAUUCAAUAUAGGUAUUCUCCAAAUGAAGAUAUCUUGAUGAUUUAUUUUAUCAAAAUUGAGGAGAAUAUGAUCGAUGUAUCCGAUGAGAUACUUGAUGGCAUCGUGGCCGAUUUCAAUGAAGAACAAAAGAUUACCUCGCUGGAGAUCAUGAAUGCAUCGUUCUUGCUCAAUUGUCACUUCUACGACCUCCAAAGCAGUAUUGAAGGGAGAGCCCCUUUCUCUUUAUCAUACCACUACAACCAACCAUCUGAUACCCUCAUCAUGUUUUUCACUGGUAUCGUCAACGUUGAUGGAUCCCUUUGUAAAGAGAUACCAGCAAUGUUUGGAUACCCCAUUGAUUCCUAUUUUAUUGGUAGAUGUCUUGCUGCUCUAGAGUUUCACAAAGCAUCUACCUCUAUUAAAAAGACCAACGUUGAAAUGGAUCCAUUUAGACUUUAA